UGAAAAUACCAAUAUUAAUCCGGUACAUUUUUUUUCCAUUUUUCAUUACUUAUUAGGGUACAACAACACCCAUAGGGUAUCAUUCAGGCACCGAUGGAAUAAGGACUGUAACCCGCUUCUUAUCCUAGGACCUGUAUUUUUUUUAAAUUAUGGAUCAUAAUUAACUGGCAUUUAUAAAAUAUGAUUUUGUGCGUGACUAUUCAUCUGAAUUGAUACCCAGGCCACCCCCCCUCUCUGCGUAAAACAAAUAAAUAAAGACACAGCGGAUCCACAUGCGCGUCGUGGUGCGUCGCUUGUUUUGGACUCGAGUCAUAUUAUUAUUCAAAUGAAAUGAUCGCUUCCAAAGUCUACAGUUGAUUCGAUACUAGAACAUCACAACCCAGAAGCACGUAACUGGGCCACGGCAAAGAUUACUAUAGUCUAUAGGCGAGACUGUCCUCUCUGGGCCUAUUUUUGUCUAGGCUGAAUAAACGUUCAAAUAAGAAGGACAGAUUUACAUAUAUAAAUGAAUUCUCUACUAGACUAGUCUAUAUGCAGUAGAGAGUGAACAAAGCGCGGAUUGCUACAAAUAGGUUUAAUACCGGCGUUUUACCGGGGUUGUUGAUAUCUCAACGGCCGGUUACGCGCUGCUUUAUAUCCUGUUUCAGUUUCUUGACUGCUGACGUGACACCUGGAGAAGACUCUCGUUGUCUCCGUGAUUGACCGGAGGAAGGCUGUGUAGUCAGGAUGGACUGGGCUGGCCCGGUGGAAAAGGUUUUUCUAUUGUGUUGGAGGAAGGCGGACCGGUGUUGACCGUUCCUUGGGAGUGUGUAUCCCGUUAAAGGAAGGUGGAAGGAAAGCAGCAGCUGGCUAAACACCGAACCGUCCAGGAAAAAAACACUCCAACUGGAUUUUCUGUCUGAACAGAAACGGAGACACUCACCACCGAGAGAGAGAGAGCUGGACUAAAACGAAAUAAUUUUCGGACCUAAUGAUUAACUAGUCUUUUGUUAAACCCCUAACUUUGUUAACAGUUCCAGUCCUUUAGUGGCUUUGCUGCUCGCCUUCUCCCCAGCUAACCAUGGCCCACGUCGGGAAUGGACCUGGGAAUAACGCCGACGACGAGGAUUGUUUUGAAGAUGCCUACGACCGGAUACCCGUGGCUGGAAAGAUGGAUUUGAAGACUUCCAUAGAAGAGUGUUCUAUGGCUCUGAACCUUGUCCUGAACAACAAAUUCUCAGAGGCCCUGGACCUCCUCAAACCAUGGUGGAAGGACAGUAUGUAUCAUGCUCUGGGCUACAGUUCUAUUCUGGUGAUGCAGGCUGCCAUGACGUUUGAACACAGAGACAUACAGACAGCCAUGGCCGUCAUCAAAGAGGCCUUAACAACCUGCCAGAGGUUCAGGAAGAGAAACUCUGUGGUGGAGUCUAUCUCCAGUCUGGUGACCAAACAGUCUAACGACCACCUCAGAGAAGAGGAGAUGCAUGCAGAGAUCUGCUAUGCUGAGUGCCUACUGCAGAAAGCCACGCUCACCUUCGUACAGGAUGAAAACAUGAUCAGCUUUAUCAAAGGAGGGAUCAAAAUACGCACAAGUUACCAGAUUUACAAGGAAUGUCAGAAUAUUCUGAAUGUGACUCAGGACCAUAGCAGUGAAUCAUUCAGGCAGUUCGAAGGAGGAGUGAGACUGGGUAUCGGAUCCUUCAACCUGAUGCUGUCCCUCCUUCCUCAGAGAAUCCUCAGGUUGCUGGAAGUCAUCGGUUUCUCUGGCAACAGAGACUUUGGUCUGGCUCAGCUGAGAGAAGGAGCAGCAAGCCACAGUCUCAGAGCUGUCCUCAGUGUGUUAACGUUGCUGCUGUACCAUACCUAUGUUACACUCAUUCUGGGUACUGGAGAAGGAAACCUUGUAGAGGCAGAAGCCUUACUGGGACCUUACCUCGAGAAGUUCCCUAACGGUUCUAUCAUUCUGUUCUAUUCUGCUCGGAUUGCUGUGCUCAGAGGAAACUUCGAGAAGGCCCAGUUAAAGUUUGAGGAGUGUAUCUUAGCCCAGUCUCAGUGGAGACAGAUUCACCACCUGUGUUACUGGGAGUUGAUGUGGAGUCACUCCUUCACUCAGGACUGGCUGCAGGCAUACAGAUACGCUGACCUGCUCUGUAAGGAGAGUCGCUGGUCCAAGGCCAUCUACGUCUACCAGAAGGCUGCUAUCCUCUCUAUGUUGCCUGAAGAGGAGAUCAAGAAGACUGGAGAGAACGUGGUCGAGUUGUUCAGGCAGGUAGAGGGGCUGAAGCAGAGACUAGCAGGGAAGUCCAUACCUACUGAGAAGUUUGCAGUGAGGAAAUCAAGAAGAUAUAACGCAGCCAGCAACCCUGUUAAACUGGUGGUUCCAGCACUGGAGAUGAUGUAUGUAUGGAAUGGUUUCACCAUCGUAGGAAAGAGAGCAGACACCACAGAGAGUCUCCUCAUCACCAUAGAGAAGACAGAGGAGGAGCUACGCAACGAUCCCAGUCCGUCAGAGUAUCAUCCUGAUGACCAUUGUCUGGUUCAGAUGCUAAAAGGUCUCUGUCUUAAACACCUGGGAAGGCUUCUGCAGGCCGAGCUAUGCUUCACACAGGUUCUGUCCAGUGAGCGGAGAAUCCGAUAUGACCACUACCUGAUCCCCUUCACCCUGUAUGAAUUGGGUUUGCUCUACAAACAACAGGGGGACUACAUCAAGGCGACGCGAUACAUAGAGAACGCCAAGUUGAACUACAAGGACUAUUCCAUGGAGUCCAGGCUUCACUUCCGGAUCCACGCAGCUCUCAACAGUCUCAAGGGAUCACCUGUCAGCACACCAUAACUACAGCCCAACUACAAUCGAUUUCACACCAAAACUACAGCCCAACUACAAUCAGACUGCAAUUGAUUUCAGACCAUAACUACAGCCCAACUACAGAUGGACUACCCCCAGACUACGACACACCGGGACUACAACACACCGGGACUACAACACACCGGGACUACAACACACCGGGACUACAACACACCGGGACUACAACACACCGGGACUACAACACACCGGGACUACGACACACCGGGACUACGACACACCGGGACUACGACACACCGGGACUACGACACACCGGGACUACGACACACCGGGACUACGACACACCGGGACUACGACACACCGAGACUACGACACACCGAGACUCCACGGGACUACGACACACCGAGACUACGACACACCGGGACUACGACACACCGAGACUACGACACACCGGGACUACGACACACCGGGACUACGACACACCGGGACUACGACACACCGGGACUACGACACACCGGGACUACGACACACCGGGACUACGACACACCGGGACUACGACACACCAGGACUACGACACACCGGGACUACGACACACCGGGACUACGACACACCAGGACUACCCCCAAGCUACACUCUGACAACAUUUUAAAUACACCCCAACUACAAAAUAGAAAGGAGGACCAAGGCACUCUUCAUAUAAUUAAUUAAAAUGCCUUUAUUAGUAUGGAAUGUUCAAUAGAAACAAGGUUUAUAAACUCCGA